UCUAUUUUACUGGGGUCCGCCAUCGUCUCGUCCGCCGGUCCUGGCUCUUCUUGUAAGCCGGCAGUUUUCCUCUCCACUUUUGACGACUCGUCAUUGCUAGCAGUAGCCUUUCCUCUUCAUAGCGGGGUGAUCUUUCCCCCAACACGACGGUCUUAGUCGGGCUCCUGAAUUUCCUUUUGUCCCCUUUCACCUCUCUCCCUUUCCCAAUUUUUCCUCCUGAGGGCCCCUCGCCACCACUGUGGCCUUCCGACUGGCGUAGCUUGAAGUCUCGGCUUCACUUCAUUUUGUGGUCAUGACCGUGGCCUACGUGAAGUGAAGGGCAUUUUCCUGCCCUUCUUCUAGAAAAUACACGGUACCUAUUAACCUCUUCAGCUCAGAGCCUGUGGUGACGACCGUCCUACUCCUUGAGAGAUUCCCAAGAGAUCCGUCUUCUUAGCAGAGCGAGGAAAGCAGACACUUCCUCAAGAUGACCCUAGGGGAGCCGUAACUUGGCUGGUCUAAGGGGGUGCGGUCUGAAUCAGGAACAGUUUCUCAAAGUGUUUUUAUUUAUUUCCCAGAAUGUAAUCCUUUCGAAACGAUUUUGUCACAACUGAAUUUUCAAAAGAAUGAAUCUGAGUGUUUUGUUUUACAUAGAGACAAUGCAGCGAAAGUUUUAAAGCAGUUAAAUAAUUGUGUGUGGGGAGGGAAGGCUAGGUUGUUGGGCUUUACAAAUAAGUACACAUAGAGAAUCCAGGUAACUCGAUUAAAAAUAUUAAGACUGUGAAGUCUGGUUAUUCAGGGAUUUACAUGGUGACUGCAUUAAUUUUGGUACAUUUCUGUUCGUAUACUGUCUUAUUACCAGUGGCUAUCUUUUUGGUUUUCGUAAUACAUUAGUUGUUUCAAACAAAAACACAGUUUCACUCCUUAGGCCCAGUUCUCUCAUCUCUACCAGCCAAAGACCUGAUCUUAGAAUGAUUGAUCAUUUGAAUGUUCUUGCAAUAUGACAAUGCUUUGAAGCAUGAAAGAUCUGAUUUAUGAUUGUUCUUGGUGGCCUUUAAGUAUUAUUUGAAAUGCAGACAAUUCUACUGAAGUGGAUUUUCAGUUCAUAUGAUUGCCUGACCUGGAGAAGUGGCUUGUAUAAAUCUAUCCUAAAGUAAAUGCGCGUUUUUGUUUUUGUUUUGCCUGUUUAAAGUAGCAGCAUGAUUAUUUUUCCAUGGCUUCUAAUUUAUGUGCUUGUCUUGGAGCCACAAACUUUCUAAUGGUCUGUUAAUUAGUCUACUUGUUGUUGACCUCUAUGGUGAAAGUUGUCAAAACAAAAUGAGUGACAGUGUAGCACUUUAGAAUAGCUCUUUACUCUGUUAAUUCUUUCUAUAAGUUCUUUUAAAUUUACAGUUUCAUCUCAAUAGUUUACAAUGCAUUAUAAUUGGAAAAGUCUGAUUAGUAUUGAAUUCAGUUGCUGAGUGGAGGGGACCACACUCUUGUCUUCUACUCUUAAGUGCUUAGUAAUUAGGAGUUGGAAGGAAAACAGUAUAUGACCCUGUUGUUAAAUUAGUAAACUUUUAAUUCUAGGGUAAGGUUAGCUGCUCAUCAUUAUCUCUGUUUGCUUUACUUUACAUAAAGGUACCAUAAUUCGAAUCCUCUAAAAUCCAUUAAAUGCAAUUUAUCCAUUAAAUGUAAUCCAUUAAAUGCAAUUUAUCUAUUGAAUCUUCAUGCAAGUUUGAAACUUAAGUGUUUUAACAUUCUCCUGUCAAGAUGAAGAAAAUAUUUUGACAAUUUUCUGUCCAAAUGUUUUACAGUUUAUGUGUUGACUUGUGUGCCCUGGUAAUUCUGUGUCCUGUUUACCGUUUACCUACUUCCCACGUCAUCAUGAUUUCUUUUGAGGGAGAACUGAAUGAAAUUCCCUUAAGGGCCUGACUUCAGCACCCGUCUCUGCAGAGAGAACCAUGGAGUCUGGCAGUACCGCCGCCAGUGAGGAGGCACGCAGCCUUCGAGAAUGUGAACUCUACGUCCAGAAGCAUAACAUUCAAGCACUGCUCAAAGAUUCUAUUGUGCAGUUGUGCACUGCUCGACCUGAGAGACCCAUGGCAUUCCUCAGGGAAUACUUUGAGAGGUUGGAGAAGGAGGAGGCAAAACAGAUUCAGAAUCUGCAGAAAGCAGGCACUCGUACAGACUCAAGGGAGGAUGAGAUUUCUCCUCCUCCACCCAACCCAGUGGUUAAAGGUAGGAGGCGACGAGGUGCUAUCAGCGCUGAGGUCUACACGGAGGAAGAUGCGGCAUCAUAUGUUAGAAAGGUUAUACCAAAAGAUUACAAGACAAUGGCCGCUUUAGCCAAAGCCAUUGAAAAGAAUGUGCUGUUUUCACAUCUUGAUGAUAAUGAGAGAAGUGAUAUUUUUGAUGCCAUGUUUUCGGUCUCCUUUAUCGCAGGAGAGACUGUGAUUCAGCAAGGUGAUGAAGGGGAUAACUUCUAUGUGAUUGAUCAAGGAGAGACGGAUGUCUAUGUCAACAAUGAAUGGGCAACCAGUGUUGGGGAAGGAGGGAGCUUUGGAGAACUUGCUUUGAUUUAUGGAACACCUAGAGCAGCCACUGUCAAAGCAAAGACAAAUGUGAAAUUGUGGGGCAUCGACCGAGACAGCUAUAGAAGAAUCCUCAUGGGAAGCACACUGAGAAAGCGGAAGAUGUAUGAGGAAUUCCUUAGUAAAGUCUCUAUUUUAGAGUCUCUGGACAAGUGGGAACGUCUUACGGUAGCUGAUGCAUUGGAACCAGUGCAGUUUGAAGAUGGGCAGAAGAUUGUGGUGCAGGGAGAACCAGGGGAUGAGUUUUUCAUUAUUUUAGAGGGGUCAGCUGCUGUGCUACAACGUCGGUCAGAAAAUGAAGAGUUUGUUGAAGUGGGAAGAUUGGGGCCUUCUGAUUAUUUUGGUGAAAUUGCACUACUGAUGAAUCGUCCUCGUGCUGCCACAGUUGUUGCUCGUGGCCCCUUGAAGUGCGUUAAGCUGGACCGACCUAGAUUUGAACGUGUUCUUGGCCCAUGCUCAGACAUCCUCAAACGAAACAUCCAGCAGUACAACAGUUUUGUGUCACUGUCUGUCUGAAAUCUGCCUCCUGUGCCUCCCUUUUCUCCUCUCCCCAAUCCAUGCUUCACUCAUGCAGACUGCUUUAUUUUCCCUACUUGCAGCGCCAAGUGGCCACUGGCAUCGCAGCUUCCUGUCUGUUUAUAUAUUGAAAGUUGCUUUUAUUGCACCAUUUUCAAUUUGGAGCAUUAACUAAAUGCUCAUACACAGUUAAAUAAAUAGAAAGAGUUCUAUGGAGACUUUGCUGUUACUGCUUCUCUUUGUGCAGUGUUAGUAUUCACCCUGGGCAGUGAGUGCCAUGCUUUUUGGUGAGGGCAGAUCCCAGCACCUAUUGAAUUACCAUAGAGUAAUGAUGUAACAGUGCAAGAUUUUUUUUUUAAGUGACAUAAUUUUCCAGUUAUAAGCAUAUUUAGACUGUGGCCAUAUAUGCUGUAUUUCUUUGUAGAAUAAAUGGUUUCUCAUUAAACUCUAAAGAUUAGGGAAAAUGGAUAUAGAAAAUCUUAGUAUAGUAGAAAGACAUCUGCCUGUAAUUAAACUAGUUUAAGGGUGGGAAAAUGCCCAUUUUUGCUAAUUAUCAAUGGGAUAUGAUUGGUUCAAUUUUUUUUUCCAGAAUUUUUGUUUGCCAAGCUAAUCUGCCUGGUUUUAUUUAUAUCUUGUUAUUAAUGUUUCUUCUCCAAUUCUGAAAUACUUUUAAGUAUGGCUAUCUGUAUCUGCCUUUUAAGUUUGAAACUAACUCAUAGAUUGCAAAUAUUGGUUAGUAUUUAACUACAUCUGCCUCGGCUCACAAAUUCCGAUUAGACCUUUAUCCAGCUAGUGCCAAAUAAUUGAUCAGAUGCUGAAUUGAGAAUAAGAAUUUGAGGUCUACAUUCUUGGUUGUUAAUUUAGAGCUUUUGGUUAAAGUAUGUCCUUCAGCUGACUCCAGUAUAAUCUCCUCUGCUCAUUAAACUGAUUCCAGGAGAUUGGAUUUGCUGUGACUAGAUACAGAUGGAGCAAAUGUCCUAACAGAAAUAGAGGUGAUGCUGCUAAAGGGAGAAAUGCCAGGCGGACAAAGUUCAGUGUCGGGAAUUUUCCCCGUGACAUUCACUGGGGCAUGAGAUUUUGGAAGAAGUUUUUUACUUUGGUUUAGUCUUUUUUUCCUUCCUUUUUAUUCAGCUAGAAUUUCUGGUGGGUUGAUGGUAGGGUAUAAUGUGUCUGUGUUGCUUCAAAUUGGUCUAAAAGGCUAUCCUGCUGAAAGUCCUGCUUUCCUAUCUGGCAUUUAUUUCUCUGGCAAACUUUUCUUUUCUUUUUUAAAGUAAACUUGUGUAUUGAGUCUUAACUGUAUUUCAGUAUUUUCCAGCCUUAUGUGUUACAUUAUUCCAAUGAUACCCAACAGUUUAUUUUUAUUAUUUUUUUAAACAAAAUUUCACAGUUCUGUAAUGUAGGCACUUUUAUUUUCAUUGUGAUUUAUAUAUAAGGUAAUGUAGGGUUAUAUUUGGGAGUGACUGCAAGCAUUUUUCCAUCUGUGUGCAACUAACUGACUCUGAUUAUCGAUCCCCUCUCCUGCCCUUUCCCAGGUAAUUUAAAUUGGUCAUGGUAGAUUUUUUUCAUAGAUUUGAAAAACUUUUAGGUUGUUACCAAGUAUGAAGUAUAAAUCUGGGGAAGAGGUUUUAUUUACAUUUUAGGGUGGGUAAGAAAGCCACCUUGUUAACAAAUUUUUUAAUUUCCAAAAUAAUCUAUAUUAAAUGAGGGUUUCUGAUCUGUACUUUGUGUUUAGCUACCUUUUUGUAUUUAAAAAAUUAAAAACGAAAAUUAUGUUUUUACAAGCUUAAAGCUUGAUUUGAUCUUUGUUUAAAUGCCAAAAUGUACUUAAAUGAGUUACUUAGAAUGCCAUAAAAUUGCAGUUUCAUGUAUGUAUAUAAUCAUGCUCAUGUAUAUUUAGAUACAUAUAAUGCUUUCUGAGUGAGUUUUACUCUUAAAUCAUUUGGCUUGCUGUUUACUCCCUUCUGUAGUUUUUAAUUAAAAACUUUAAAGAUAAGUCUACAUUAAACAAUGAUCACAUCUAAAGCUUUAUCUUUGUGUAAUCUAAGUGUAUGUGAGAAAUCAGAAUUGGCAUAAUUUGUCUUAGUUGAUAUUCAAGGCUUUGAAAGUCAUUAUUCCUGGGCUUGGUAAGUGAAUUUAUGAGAUUUACUGCUCUAGAAAGUAUAGAUGGCCAAAGGACCGUUUUGUAUUGCUUCCUAAUUACCAGUCUGAUUAUACCAUGUGUGCUAAUAUACUUUUUUUGUUAUAGAUUGUCUUAAUGGUAGGUCAAGUAAUAAAAAGAGAUGAAAUAAUUUAAA